AUUAGAGUGUGUGUGUGUGUCUGUGCGUGUGAGUGUGUCUGUGUGUCUAAGAGAGAGAGGGAGAGAGUGGGAGAGGCCAUUCCCAAGAGGUUUGGUCUAAUUCCCAGUGGUAGAAGUUCUUUGCACAGCAGGACCAGUAACAGACUGCUUUGUCUGACUAACCCACUCUUCUGUAUUCUCAACAGCAGGGCACUGCAGACGGACGGAAAAAACCUUAAGGUUGUUUUGGGACCCAUAGUGCCAGAAAGGUGAGGGGUGUGUGUGACACAUUGGGUGUUGGAGAGAGUGUGUGUUUGUGUGUGUGUGUGUGUGUGUGUGUGUGUGUGUGUGUGUGUGUGUGUGUGUGUGUGUGUGUGUGUGUGAGAGAGAGAGAGAGAGAGAGAGAGUACAAGGAUGACCAGGAGGUCAGUCAAUGAUGAGGGGACUGGGGUGAACAACACCACCCAAAAUGGGGGACACCCGGGGGAUAUCCCUGCCCCAAAAGAGGAGCCUGAUGCUCCCAACGGAAAGGUAGAGUUGAGGAAGAAGGUGACCCUGCUUCGGGGAAUCUCCAUCAUCAUCGGGACCAUCAUCGGAGCGGGAAUCUUCAUCUCGCCCAAGGGAAUCCUGAAGAACUCUGGGAGUGUUGGGAUGUCUCUGGUGGUGUGGAUUGCCUGCGGAGUGCUAUCCCUGUUCGGGGCCCUGUCCUAUGCAGAGCUGGGAACCAGCAUCCAGAAGUCCGGAGGACAUUAUACCUAUAUCCUGGAGGCCUUUGGACCACAGAUGGCCUUCAUACGCCUCUGGGCUGACCUCAUCGCCAUCAGACCUGCAGGGUUGGCAGUGAUAUCCCUGGCCUUCGGACAAUAUAUCCUGGAACCCAUAUUCAUGCCGUGUGGAGUGCCAGAGAUCGCUAUCAAACUGGCCACGUCUAUAGGAAUAACAUCAGUGAUGUAUCUCAACAGUAUGAGUACGAGCUGGACAAACAGGAUUCAGAUCUUCCUCACCUUUAGCAAGCUGCUGGCCAUCGCCAUCAUCAUCGUACCUGGCCUCUAUAUGCUCUUCAAAGGGGAGACUAAGAACUUUGAGAAUGCAUUUGAGGUCAGUAAUAUCAAGCUCACAGGCCUUCCUCUGGCCUUUUACUCUGGGAUGUACGCCUAUGCUGGAUGGUUUUAUCUGAACUUCGUGACUGAGGAAGUAGAGAAUCCAGAAAAGACUGUCCCAUUGGCCAUCUGUAUCUCCAUGGCGAUAGUGACUUUCUGCUACGUGUUGACUAACGUGGCGUACUACACUGUGAUGUCAGCAGAGGAGCUGUUGGCAUCACAAGCCGUUGCCGUGACGUUUGCAGGGAAGAUGAUGGGGAACUUUUCGGUGGCGGUGCCGGUAUUUGUAGCCUUGUCGUGCUUUGGUUCGAUGAAUGGCUGCUUGUUCGCUUUCUCAAGAAUGUUCUACGUGGCAUCACGCGAGGGCCAUCUCCCUGAGGUUCUGUCCAUGAUCCACGUCCGCAGACACACUCCUUUGGCAGCCGUCCUCGUUCUGUACCCUAUGACGGUGUUCCAGCUGUUUGUGGGAGAUAUCUACAGUCUGUUGAACUUCAUGAGCUUCCUCCGCUGGCUCUUCAUUGGCGUGGCUGUGCUGGGCCUCAUCUACAUGAGAUACACACGCCCUGACAUGCCACGCCCUUUCAAAGUUCCUCUUUUCAUUCCAGCCAUUUUCUCAUUCACCUGUUUCUUCAUGGUGUUCCUCUCUCUCUACUCCGACCCCGUCAACACAGGGAUAGGAUUCGCCAUCUCCCUGACAGGAAUCCCAGCCUACUAUGUUUUCAUUGUGUUUGACCGCAGACCCAAGUGGCUACAGGACGGUUUAGAUUCCUUCAACAGAUCUGUCCAGAUCAUCCUGGAGGUGAUCCCAGCGGAACACUGACACUCCUUCACACCAUAUCCCCACACCGAUGGCCUCUAUUGCACCGUUUCAUAGAAUAAAUUAUUAUGACUCUCCCAUCCUGCUGUCCUUAUCUAGGCAGGCUUAGCCCUGCUCUGCUCUCACAUUUCACAUUACCAAUUCAAACCGCCUGAAUACUUGCUCCUCUCUCCUCACUCAAGCAUUUGAAAUGGAAUGGCCAGGCAGGCAGGGAGGUGAGGCUGUGGCUGUGUGUGUGACUGUGUGUGUGUGUCUCCCUGUGUGAGAUUUGCAGGUAAUCCAUCUCUGUAACCCCUACCCUCUGGCUCCAGUCUGCAGUGGGAGCCCAGCCUCUUAGAAAUGCAACAGCUUUUAUUGUUGAUGAGAUGCGGCAGAGCCAGGGAAUCCCUGUAAGCUUGGAGUAUAACUAUCUUUGGCAGCAAUCACAGCUAGCUUUAGUCAUUGUUACAGCUAGCAUUAGCCACAAUCACAGCUAGCGUUAGCCACAAUCGCAGCUAGCGUUAGCCACAAUCGCAGCUAGCGUUAGCCACAAUCGCAGCUAGCGUAAGCCACAAUCGCAGCUAGCGUUAGCCACAAUCACAGCUAGAUUUAGCCACAAUCACAGCUAGCAUUAGUCAUUUUUACAGCUAGCAUUAGCCAAAAUCACACCUAGCAGUAGGUCAAAGUCUUUGCUUGCCUUAACCAUUGUCACCUCUAGCAUUAGCCAUAGUCACUGACUGCUACACCUCAGACAACACUGGAUACUCAGUUUUCUCCAGAUCAUUCAGGAUCAGACUAUACAACACACAUAAAUUAAGCCUAAGGCUACCUAUAGUUAUUUCUAUAUUUUAGGAAAUGAAGACAGAUCAGUGAGUGUUAAUUGUUGUGUGUUGUAUAGUCUGAGUAAGACAAGCACUCCCUUUGCACUAUCAGAACAGUAAACUCAUACUCAAUCUACAGAUGCCUGUGAAACAUGAUGUCCUUAAGCACAUGACAACCAACGUUAAUGUGAUAAUGUUUGAUCUUUUUUGAAACAUGUAUGUUCAGGACAUUGAAAUUAUGCCCUGGAGAACCUGAUAUCCGAUUUCAUAGAACAAUAAAAACACUUUUGUAUCGGG